AUGCCGUCAGAUCGGGACGCGAAUCAGCAACCCUCCGGUCCAAAGUCCAAGUCCCUUCAGACUGAACCACUGCUGCCCAAGUCACACAUGGCCAAGGACUGGCACUUUGCAGUUCAAGUCAGACUGAGAGCACUUAUUGGGAAAACCAACUGUGGCAGCCGGGUGUGGUUAGAGCGCCGGCUGCUGGGUAGGCUGGGUCCUGGGAAGACGACACACCCCGUCCUGGCCUUCCCCGCUCGGAAAAUGACGGAAGGAGAAAGCCCGCUGGGCCAGGCCCUCCAGCGUCUCGCCCUCGUGCAGGAGAGCACAACGGCCUUACAACGGCAGCAGAGCGAGGCUCUCCUCGUAAUCGCCUCCAGCCAGCGGGAGGACCGUGCUCUCCUGCGGGAGCUGCUGCAGCGUCCGGCCGCCCGGGAGGCCGAGCCGGUGACCAACCCCGCCCGGCCGCCGCAGAUUGCCCUCCAGAAGAUGUCAGCCGACGACGACCCAGAGGCUUAUCUGGACAUAUUCGAGGGCACUGCGGCGGCGUGCGGGUGGCCGGAGGAGGAGUGGGCUGUGCGGCUUCUUCCCCUGCUGGCCGGGGCAGCGCAGCUAGCCGCCCACAGCCUGCCAGCGUCCGAUCGACAUGAGUACAAGCAGUUGCGGAGGGCCAUCCUGGACCGGCUCGGCAGCACACCAGAGGGACACCGCCGCCGGUUCAGGGCCCUUCCCUUCGAGGACGCUGGCCGCCCCUUCUCCUACGCGAAGCAGCUCCUCGAUGCGGCGAGGCGCUGGCUUCAGCCGGGGAUGCGCUCCGCCGAGGACGUCAUGGAGCAGGUGGCACUGGAGCAGUUUGUCGCCGGGCUGCCAUCGUCAACGGCGAAUUGGGUCCAGUGUCACCGCCCUGCCAGCCUGGAGGCAGCCGUCGUCCUCGCGGAGGACCACCUUUCGCUUCCCCGGCGGAGCAUGAAGGAGGAGCCCCGACAACCUGUCGUCCCCGCGGACCGACCCGUUCCAGCCCCAAGGAGGAGGUUCCCGACAGCAGCCGCUGCACCGCGUUCCCCUCAACCCACGACCCGGCCCCUUCCCACCCAAGCCCUACCUCAUCUCUCUCUCUCUCUCUCUCUCUCCCCAGGAUCCAGCCUCCGCCUCUGGUCGUCCGGCACCACGGGGGGCUCCUCAGGCGCCAGGGCAGGAGUGCUGGCGGUGCGGGCAGCCCGGCCACUUCCGGCGGGAGUGUCCCAUGAUGGAGGUCGGACAGUUGGUCCGGGUUGCGGGACCGCCAGUUGCCUCCCCCGGUUUAGAAGGGACGUACCGUAUACCGUAGGCUGGGUCCUGGGAAGACGACACACCCCGUCCUGGCCUUCCCCGCUCGGAAAGUACCGCGGAGCUGCCUGUAGUGUGCACAAUUCUCAACCAAUAAACGCAUUGUUUUGCCCAACGCCGAACGCUUCCGGCUCUUACCUGUUACCUGAGCCAUCCCGCUCACACCAACAUUGUCACAAGAAGUUUGGAAAGGUCAAAUUGGAAACCUGCACUGUGACAGAUAGAUGUGAAAUAGGGAUUAACAUUUGAAUAUGCCUGCAGUCAUUAUUGAACAUAUUGUGAGUGGUUGAUUACAACAUGUGGGUACUGUCAGUUCUAUAGAAAAUAGGAGUCUGAAAAACGUAUGUUUACCUUUUUAAUGAAGACGUAAAGGUUCUAUGUUCAACCAAAAGAAGCAAUGGUUUUUUUAAUCUGUUUUCUUUUACAUGUAUUUAAUAUUUGUAUCCUUAGUUUGGUUUUUGCACAAGUUUGUUAAAGUUUGACUCAAUGUAGUCCAGUAGCACUAAUAUGUAAUAUCUAAACUUUGGAAUUAACAUGUUAAUGAUAACAUGUCCAUGUUUAAAAUAUAAGGACUAGCAGAAAGUGGA